GCGGCGCGGGGCCUGGGGGGCACGUGCCCGGCCCAGGCCUGCUUCCUGCUCUGGACCCUGCAGGCUCUGGGAGAUGAUGAAGGCAGCAGCAGCGAGAGGAUCUGCCCAUACUGCUUCCAGUUCAGGGUGCCUGGGAACCACCGUGUGCGCCUCGGGCCCAAGAGGAAAGCAACACGGCAGGUCCAGAAGCUGCUGUGUCAGAAGGCAAAGAACCGGAAAUUCAGCUGGAAGCAGAUGAAGCUUUGGAGAAAGUACCAGGGUUCCAAAAGCAUCCUGUUGGUUACAUGUAACUUGUGCAACAAAACAACAAGACAUUAUGGUGAAAGACGGGACUUUUUGGCAACAGUAGCUAGCUGUUCUGGUACUCCAAGGAAUAAAACCGUCAUGGAAACACCCGUCCUGAACAAACUACCUACAAAUAUGACAACCUCAAGUUACAGUAACUCUGGGUCUAAAGGCAGGAGUCCAGCAUCCAUUUCCAAAACAUGUAAGUCUGGAAAGUCAACACCCAUUUCUUCUCCCAGGACUCCCAGGAACACAAAAUUUCACUUCUCUCAUUUAAAAUGGCUUCUUGACCAAGAAGAAAAAGAAGAGAGUCAGAACGGGGGCUUGAAAAACUUCUUGUCUUCACUUUAAAAUACUGAAUGACUACAGUAAUCUUGAUAAAGGAUACCAAAGCAAUGGUUAAGAUUAGCUCCAUAAAUGAACCAAAUUAAAUACUUCUUUACAACAUACCCAGAUACUAUUUAAUAUCUUUCUUUGCCAAGUUUUUUAUUUUUUGUAAUGCAGGGGGAAAUUUGAGUACAUCACAUAAAAAUACAAAGAUUGUUUCCAAAUGGGUUGUACAUCAGUGUGUAUUGCUGGAAUAAUAAAAUUAAUAUGCCACGUCUCAAA